AUGAUGCCGUUAGCACCAACAUCGGUGAUGGCCAUGUCCACGCAAAAGCCUCGAAUCGGAUUCAGCAUUGAAUCCAUCGUCGGUAAUAGGCUAUCCAAAUCGCCUUCGCACUAUUCUCCAAACAGUGACAACUCCGAGCGGCCGCUAAGUCCGCUCAGUGAUAGUAGUUACCCAAAUGAGGUUCAUUUGAAUCUUCCGAUGAUACCGGCGGAUAUUCAACGAACACUAAGACUGCCAGUGAACUGCUCACCUAGUGAGUAUAGUACGCAUGUACAACGCUUGAAUCAUAGUUCCUCGCCUCCGUUUGAUCAUAAUCGAAGCAAUCGACUUCCGGAAUCCCCUCAAAGUCAAGACCUGUCUCGACUAGAUAAUAGUAAAAGUCCUCCGCAAACACGACUGACCCCAGAAGGAAGCGGAGAUCGAAGAUCGCGAAGUCCAUCUCCUCAGAUUGCACCUACAGUGCACAGUUCGAUGGCUAACAACAAAGGACCAAUAAUAGUUCCAGGUCUACCAGCUGGUCUAGUUCGGCCCUUCCCAGUUGGGCCGUCUGCACCGCCACACCAUAUGAGCGAACUAAAAUCUAUGCCCCAAUUUAUGAACACACCGGAGAUGGUUCAAGCCGCCCACAAUCAGCAUCUGCUGGCGGCCCAGUUCCAGGCAGCGGCAGCCCUGGCACACGUUCAGGCCGGCCAAGGGUUCCCGCCGCAUCAUCAUCCGGGCCAUUUGCACAACCCGAACAUUCCUCGCGAUAGCUAUCCACUGUACCCGUGGCUACUGAGCCGUCACGGUCGUAAUGUGUUCCCGCCACGAUUUCCUGGAAGCUAUUUGCUCCCAUUCCGCAAACCGAAACGAGUGCGGACGGCAUUCUCACCCACACAGCUUCUGAAGUUGGAACACGCCUUUGAAAACAACCAUUACGUAGUGGGGGCUGAGCGAAAAACUCUGGCCCAAGUACUCAGCCUAACGGAGACACAGGUCAAGGUAUGGUUCCAGAAUCGGAGGACCAAACACAAGCGCAUGCAGCAGGAGGAAGAUGCUAAAUCCGGCGGUGGAAGUGGAAGCGGCGGCGGUGGCGGCGAAAGUGGCAACGGAAAUCGCUCCUCCAGCCCGAGUGGAGCCUACGACGAUGAAGAUGAUGACGAUGAACUAAUCGAUAUGGAAAUGGAUGACUGCCCGAGUGAUGAGGAGCAGGAAAUCUUUCAACAUCAGCACCAAAUGCAGCAGCAGCAACAUCUACAACAUCACGCAUGA